CAAGGUCUAAAUAGUGCUUGAAGGAAAGUUCAAGCAGGAAGUCAAAGUAACCUGACCAGAACCUGCAUCAGACCUCAUAAAUUUAUUUUUUGGAGAAUUAAGUAAACGGAACUUACGAGCGUUUAACUUCUCAUAUUAAACACGUUUGUUGCCUGAAUUUCGUAUAUCGCAUCUCUAUAAAGUAACGUUUGCAGCAGUAAAUAAAAGCUACAACUAUGACUUCUCACCAAACUGGAAAAAUCACAUCCCAUUGGAAUGAUCCUGCUUCCCACAUAUUUCUGGAAUCAAAGAUCAACGCUUCACAGAAUCCUAGUCGCUCGUUGAAGAAAACCGCUUCUAGUCGACGGUUGGUAUAUGAGGAAGCUAGUAAGUCAUUGGAAGAUUCGCACACAUCGCCAAUACCCCAAAGACAGCCCUCAUUGAAUGUACCACCUACAAUACCUUCCAAGGUCAGUUCUCCUACAGCAUUAGCUCCACCGAAACCCUCUGCCCAUUUAAAUGCGGAGGGUCGUUUGCCAUUGAACGGACGACAUACUGAAGUUGCAAAAGAGAACCAAGAAACAGAUCAGUAUGCGGGUUUGAAAAGUGCAGAAAGUAACAUGCCCAAGAGAACAGAAGUCUCUACUCUUAAAAGGUCUAUCCAGAGUAUGCUCGAAUCUAAGUCUUCUUUAGAUCCGGCUGUUCAUAACAUGCUUAAGAGUCGAGUUGAAAAGAGUCUCUUAGAACCAGGCUUUCUUGACACGUUUGAUGAUGAAUGGCUUGAGAAACUCUCAGAGGUUUCUCAUUUAACUUUCCAAGGUAAAAAUGCUGAUGCCAAAGGUAUCCUUGUUGAUAUGAUGUGUAGUGGUGUCGUUCCCAACUGUAUUCGCUGGUGUCCAGUGCUAAAAACCAUCGUUGAAAAUGUAUCUUCAUGAUUUGAAGCCUAAAAUUCUCUUCCUGCUUCUUUUAUUUCUCUUUUUCUGUAUUUAUUACUCAAUCCUUUACCUUCCAUGGGCGUGUAUUCUUCUCAUAUAGGAUCAUUCCUUUGUUCGUUGCAUAUAUUCUCAGUUUAUGAUGAUUACGAAUUUUUUUGACUCGUUAUGUCAGCUUGAUUGUCACAUUUUCUCCAAAGAAACAUGAUCUGCUUUAUAGUUCAAUUACAAAAUGCGUGGGUUCGUCGUUUUAGGCGAAAAGGCUGUCAAGCUAUACGGUUUUUUAGGGACUGCACACAUCAAUGAAUUUUCUUAAGUUUCUCAAAAGAAACAGCAUUUACAUA